AUGGCCAACGCAGGCCAGGAGGGGCAACCCGACUAUUCAACAUGGUCCAACUCGAGCCUCAUCGAGCGCAUAACAGAGCUAGAGCGCCAACUUCAUUCGCAAACUACCCAGUUCUCAGCGCCCGCUGAUGCGGAAACGCCCCGUGCGCCAGCGCCGAUUGCCUGCGACGGUUACGAGCCUGCGAUUCCGCUACCCAGCGCUGCGACAAACUCGCUCAAGAAGAGAGUACAUUCACCUGCCACCGAUAUAACACAGACUCCGGCUCCGGCGAAACCAGGAAGGACGAAGGAAGCAAAAGAAGAUCGUGGCUUCGACCCCUCGAAAUACUCAUCGCGCUUCAUCGCGCUCAAGUUCGCGUACCUUGGACAGCGGUACAACGGGCUGGAGCAUACAAAUGGGAAUGUGACUCCGCUGCCUACUGUCGAGGAGGUUUUGUGGAAAGCUAUGCGGCGUACCCGUCUCAUCAUGCCUGAGACAAUGCCGCCGGACGCGCCCGACGAUAUGGAACCAAGGGCUAUUCGUCCGUAUUCCAUUUCUUGGGAUGGUUGUGAUUACUCAAAGGCUGGGAGAACGGAUCGUGGCGUCAGUGCUUUCGGACAAGUAAUUGGUAUUCGCGUCCGAAGUGCUAGGCCGAAGCCCAAGUCUACAACUGCUUCGGAACAACAGGGUCUACAGAACCAAGAUGAGAUGCAGGUCGACCAGUCCGCUGUGGAUCAGGACUGGGAUGACAUCGCCGAUGAGCACUCUUAUGUACAGAUUUUGAACAGGGUGCUUCCAGAAGAUAUUCGCAUUCUGGCUUGGUGUCCCCAUCCUCCGCCCGGGUUCGAUGCUCGUUUCUCCUGUCGCGAGCGCCGUUAUCGCUACUUCUUCACACAGCCUGCCUUUUCACCAACUCCGGGCGCGUUGGGUUUCGAGAAUCGCCGAGGGGACCCGAACGGGCCUCGCGCAAAAUACCGCGAAGGUUGGCUCGAUAUCGAGGCAAUGCGGGAGGCUGCAAAGCACUUUGAAGGCGAGCAUGACUUCCGGAACUUCUGCAAACUCGACACAACCAAGCAAAUCGAGAACUUCCGCCGUAUGAUCUUCCAUUCUGACAUCGAGCUCGUGAACCCCAAGACUAAUCCUCUUGGCUAUGUAUCUGGACCUGGUUUCCGGGCAUUGGAGGACGCCCAGGAUACGGACAUGACCUCUUUGGAGCCACCGCCCGCUACCACGCCCCAAGUAUAUUCCUUCACACUCCAUGGUUCUGCAUUCCUAUGGCACCAAGUGCGGCACAUGGUGGCCAUUUUGUUUUUGGUUGGCCAAGGACUCGAAGCCCCAUCCAUUGUUCCCGAAUUGCUAGAUGUUGUGAAACAUCCUCGCAAACCAGCGUACGACAUGGCAUCUGAUGCACCCUUGGUCCUUUGGGAUACCAUUUUCCCCGACGAGAGUUCCGGCAAUAGAGAGGAUGCUCUUGACUGGGUCUAUGCAGGAGAUCCCCGCCUCAACAAGAACAAAAGUGCCAAGGGGGAUAGUAAGUUUGGCAUGAGAGGUGUAAUUGAAGACAUCUGGUCAGUUUGGAGACAGCGUAAGAUAGAUGAGGUUCUUGCUGGCGCCCUAUUGGAUAUGACUGUUGCCCAAGGUGAUAACAGCAUCAUCAAAGAAAUGGAGAGCAAGCAAGGCGCCGUCAAGAAGCAUGCCAGAGGAGCCAAGGUCUGGCUAGGGGCAAAUGAUUCUCGGACUGGCGGGAAAUAUGUACCUGUCUUGCAGAAGGCCACAACAGACACUGUCGAGGCCAGAAAUGCUAGAGGCUUGGUGACGAAGCAGCGCAAACUGGCCAAGAAACAGGAUGCCGAAGCAAAGAAGGCAGCUUGA